UCCUGCCAGUAUCCAAACCGGCCUGAAGCCUCUACUCAGCCUGAUGCCUCUCCUCAGCCUGAUGCCGCUACUCAGCAUGAUGAAACUGAUCCAGCCCGACGAUCCUAUUAGGCCAGUUGACUCGAUGCCCGCUGUUGAUCCAGAUGAUCCGGUACCUGAUCCAGUGCCCGCUGUCGUGCCAAUUUGACUCAGAGCCCUCUGUCAUACCUGGUGACCCGGUGCCCACUGCCUUGCCAGAUGACGCGGUGCCCCUGGCAAGCCAAAUGACCUGAUGCCUGGUGACCCAGUGCCCGCUGUCAUACCUGGUGACCCGAUGCCCGCUGUCGAGCCAGACAAUCC